ACAUGACAUGAGUUGCUCAGCCGGAAACAUCUAGGGCUACCAUAGCUAAACUAAAACCCCACUCUACCUCUUUCUCUCACACACACAACACACACUGAGUCUUACGCACAGUCGAGACGCUUUUUGCCUCUUUUUCCAUCACUUUUGCCAACUAGCAAACAUCCAAACCGCAGCACAGUAGUUGUAUCAGUUACAACCCCAAAAGCCAAUAGCCUACAACCAAGACCGCCACUUUUUCACCUCAUGAUCAGCCUUUAAUGAAAAAAUUCAACCUCGGAUUUUAAACAAUUGAAUAAAGCCCCCCAAUAAUCAACAAAUCAUCUGUAUUAUGCCAACUAUGGACCCGGCAAAUUCUAAUCCUUCUAGAGCUGAAGAACUCAAAGUCCUCGCCAAUGAAGCCUUCAACGUUUUUUCUUGGAUUCGUGAAGCCCAUAAAUUUGCGCAAGCUAUUGAUUUGUAUACUCAAGCAAUAGACUUGAAUGGUGACAAUGCGGUUUACUGGGCUAACCGUGCAUUUGCCCACACCAAAUUGGAGGAGUAUGGGAGUGCAAUAAUUGAUGCUACUAAGGCUGUUGAAAUUGAUCCUAAGUACUCCAAGGGGUACUAUAGACGAGGUGCGGCUUAUUUGGCAAUGGCGAAGUUUAAAGAAGCACUCAAGGAUUUUCAGCAGGUCAAGAAGUUAUGCCCUAAUGACCCUGAUGCCUCAAAGAAAUUGAAAGAGUGCGAGAAAGCUGUGAUGAAACUCAAAUUUGAGGAAGCUAUCUCUGUACCCGAAUCUCAAAGACGUUCAGUAGCUGAUUCUGUUGAUUACACUACCAUUGGUAUGACUACCAUGCUGAACUUCCUUUCUUUUUGA